CGCGCUUCCCUUGGUCUGGUCCUCGGUCACGUACGAAAAUGUUUGGAUAGCGAAAUACAAAAAUUCAAAACUCGCAAAUCGGAAAAUGAGUGGCCAGAAGCACCUGCGAUUGCGCUACUACACCUCCUUCGAGGAGGCGAUGGUGGUGAAGCUGUGGCGCGAGCACCUGCCCGACAUUCCCUCCUACACGGACAACCUGCCCAUUUUCCGGGAAAUCGCCCACGGACUGCAGCAGCAUGGCAUUCGGCUGAACAAGCAGGAAGUUCGCAGGCGCAUGAACAGCUACCGCAAUAGAUAUUUAUCCGAGCGAGCUCGCUUGGAUAGCAACCCGAAUUUGCAGUCGGACUGGCGCCUUUUCCCGCUGAUAGACGCCCUCUUUCGUCCUGCCAGACCGGCGAAGGACCUCUUCCACGCCCACAAUGUCCUGGACGAGGCCGCCGUGAGGGCUCGCUCUGAUCUGCCCGCCCUGCCGCCUCUGCUCCUUGCGUCCUCCACUCAGGUGAAGUUCGAAAGGGACCCCGAUGGAUGCGCCUUUCUGGACGCGCAGCCUCUGUUUCGUCCAGUGGUGAAGAUGGAGCCUCAGCAGGAGCCUUUCCACCACCAGGUGAAGACUGAAUACAAGCCCAACGAGGCGCAACUUGCGGAAACUCCGACUGAAAGUGCCAUUAGGCGGGCACCACUGACGCCCGCCAACCAUCAGCUGCAGGAGGCCCUCGAUGAACCUCCUCAUGUGGCUCCUACCAAUGGCCAGCCGGAGGCCGAAAGAUCUGGAGGAGGAAAGCGGAGACGUGGACGCCGCAGCAUCCUGCCGCGCACAGGCCAAAUAACAAUGGCCCUGGUCGAAGGACUCCGCAAGGAGAACAAGAUGCUCGAGCAGCAGAACGACGCCUAUUUGCUGGCGCUCGAACAGAAGGAGAAACAGUUCCUGGCGAUGAAGCGCAACUUCUUGGGCUACCUGGAGCGGCAGAAGACCCUGCUGGCCCACAUUCAGCACAGGGGCAUCAAGCAGGAACUGGAUCGCGACUACUAAGUUAGCUUUAAGUGGGGAAUCUCGACGCUUGAUCCCGUGCAUUUCAUUUCGUUCCUUCCUCAGACACUGAAGUCUAGUUCACGCGACGUACAAAGCAGCAUAGCGAACCGAAGAUAUUUUUAUUUUUUUUUACCCUUUUCUAAAAAAUAGCGUCCAAAUGAAUUGGCUUAACAAGAAAGUGUUAUAUGAUCUUUGUGAAAAAUCUCUGUAAGAUCUUAGAGUUAAUUUGUAUUAAAAAUCUGAAAAAAAGAAAA